AGAGAGACAGAGAAAGACAGAGAGAGAAAGAACGAGAGAGAGAAACAGAGAAAAGAAAGACAGAGCGAGAAAGAAAGAGAGAGAAAAACAGAGAAAAGAAAGACAUUGUAUACAGAAACAUCUGGUGCAUAGCCUCCUGUAUGAUAGCUGUCUCCUGAUUCUCAGUAAAUCUCUGCUGUCUUUUUCCUCAGAAUGAAGUUUUUGGUAGUUGUGGCUGCUGCUCUGGCAAUGGCGAGCGCCGCUAGCCUUUCAUUGGAGGACCUGGAGUUCCAUGCCUGGAAACUGAAGUUUGGAAAGUCCUACAGCUCUCCAGUGGAGGAGGCUCAGCGCAGGAGGUCCUGGAUCUCCAACCGCAAACUGGUGCUGCUCCACAACAUGCUGGCUGACCAGGGCAUCAAGUCCUACCACCUGGGCAUGACCUACUUCGCUGACAUGGAAGACGAGGAGUACAGACGCGUCAUCUCCCAGCGCUGCCUGGGCUCCUUCAAUGCCUCCAAGCCCCGCGGUGGCUCUACCUUCUUACCAAUGCUCGGGGACAACGACCUGCCCACCACAGUGGACUGGAGGGACAAGGGCUAUGUCACCCCCAUCAAGGACCAGAAGGAUUGCGGCUCCUGCUGGGCUUUCAGCACGACUGGCUCUCUGGAAGGCCAGCACUACAGGAAGACCAAUAAGCUGGUGUCCCUCAGUGAGCAGCAGCUGGUUGACUGCUCCGGCGAGUUUGGCAACAUGGGCUGCAUGGGCGGUCUCAUGGACCAGGCCUUCGAGUAUAUCAAGUCCUUGGCCCCUGGAGGCCUGGACACUGAGGACACCUACCCCUACCAUGCUGAGGACAAUAUGUGCCGCUACAAGCCAGACAGUGUGGGUGCCACCUGCACCGGGUACGUUGACGUGACCAGCGGUGACGAGAGCGCCCUGCAGCAGGCUGUGGCCACCGUCGGACCUGUGUCUGUGGCCAUCAAUGCCGCACACUCAUCCUUCAAGCUCUACAAAUCAGGUGUCUAUGAUGAGCCAGAGUGCAGCAGCGAUCAGCUGGAUCAUGGUGUGCUGGCUGUGGGCUAUGGCACUAGUGAUGAUGGCCAGGACUACUGGCUGGUGAAGAACAGCUGGGGCCUUGACUGGGGAGAUAAGGGCUACAUGAUGAUGUCCAGGAAUAAGCACAACCAGUGUGGCAUCGCCACGGCUUCCAGCUACCCCCUGGUCUAAGGACUAUAUUGUUAGGUACCUGGGCUUCUUCCUGAAGUGGAGUCUAGAUGGAGAGAAACAGAAUUAAUUUGCCUGCGUGUGUUAUUGUAUCAGAACUGUAUCCCGUGAACUGUAUCCCUCUCGAUGGAUUGGACAUUAUGCUAGAUUUGAAGCAGAAGAUUACUCAAGAGGAGCUGAAUGGCAGUUUGAUCAUGACAACACUCCUCCCACAGCUGUGCAGUAAUCCCUGAACUUUACUACACUGAUCAUACUGUAUUUUCUUACUGUAUGCUUUCUUUGUGAAUGGAAAUUUCAUCAUGUCCACCUCUCCCAUCAUCUGCUGAUCACCAGUUCUCUUAGCUACAAAUUGUUACACCAGAUAAUGUGAUUUAACCAAAGAUUGUUGGUAUCCAUUACUGGGAGAUACAGGAUAGGUACUGUUUGGUGUAGCACAGAGAAUUUUUGACCAACCUUAGUGAUGCUGUCUUCGUCCUCGAUUUGUGGAAACAGGAGUCACAUAAAAUGUAUAUUUCACUGAUCGAGACAGGUGUCUGUCAUCAUGACAUGUGGCACUUUGGGGUGGACACCCACCUGUGCUACGCCAAACAGUACCAAUCCUAUAACUCCCAGUAAAGGAUACCAAAAAUCUUUGGUUAAAUCACAUUAUCUGGUGUAACAAUAUGUAGCUAAAGUUCUCUGUACUUUACUACACCUGAGACACACUCAGACACACUGAACUGUACUACACUGUUCAUACUGUAUUUUUUGUAUGUUACUUUUACCAUAUAACAUUAUUGUUGAAUACCCAGUUCUCUUUUUGAGUUAGUAUUAAAUAUUGUACACUCCCCUGUAUUUUAGAUCUUGACAAAUAAACAUUAUGCUACAGA